AUCCGUGAAGAUCCGUUUAGUUGUGAUUGGGUUAGUUCAAAAUCAUACAUACAUACAAAGUGCUAAAUUGAUGGCCACCGAAGCUUCCCCUUCCUCUGCCGAAACGCCUCCGCUUCCUCCCAAGCCACCGCCGCCGCCGGCACCACCGGCUGCGUCUGCUGCGAAGCCGGAGGCGCCAUUGUCCGAUUCAAAAGCAUCCGCGGACGCGAACGUAAUCGUGGUCCCGAGCUACUCUCGAUGGUUCUCAUGGGAUUCGAUUCACGAAUGCGAGGUGCGUCUUCUCCCGGAGUUCUUCGAAUCGGCGUCGAAAACCCCUAGGGUUUACAAGUACUACAGGAAUUCCAUCGUUAAGUACUUCAGAUACAAUCCCACCCGAAAAAUCACCUUCACCGAUGUCCGCAAAACGCUCGUCGGAGACGUCGGUUCCAUCCGCAGAGUCUUCGAUUUCCUCGAAACUUGGGGUUUGAUCAAUUACCACCCCUCUUCCUCGCUCGCCAAACCCUUGAAGUGGGACGACAGAGAGACCAAGCCCGAUUCUGCUUCCAACUCCACCGAAUCUUCUUCUGCUCCUGCCAAAGAAACCUCCAAGAGACUCUGCAGUGGCUGCAAAGCUGUCUGCACCAUUGCUUGUUUCGCUUGUGACAAGUAUGAUUUGACUCUUUGUGCGAGGUGUUACGUUCGCGGCAAUUAUAGAGUCGGUGUGAAUUCAUCGGAUUUUAGGCGAGUGGAGAUAAGCGAGGAGACAAAGACGGAUUGGUCUGAAAAGGAGAUCACGAAUCUUCUGGAAGCUAUUACGCAUUUUGGUGAUGACUGGAAGAAGGUUUCUCAGCAUGUUGCUGGCAGAACUGAGAAGGAGUGUGUUGCUCAUUUUUUGAAGCUUCCCUUUGCGGAUCAAUUCCUGCAUUAUCAACAACACCCUGCCGGCAAUGGCACUGAUGAUGGUUGUAAUCAGUUAAAGAGGGUAACUAAUGCUGAUGCUGAAUCUGAAUUGGAUAGCGUUGCCUCUGCUGAACCUAGUAAGAGAAUGCGUCUCACACCUCUUGCUGAUGCUAGCAAUCCUAUUAUGGCUCAGGCUGCUUUCCUGUCUGCCUUGGCAGGGCCAGAAGUUGCACAAGCUGCUGCUCAAGCUGCAUUGACAACUCUGUCUGAGGUUUACAAAGCAACUAGAAUAAGUUAUCGGUCAUUUCCGAGGAAUGCAUUGCUGCAAGAUGCCGGUAUCACAUCAAACGGUGGUAAUACUUCAGAUUCAUUUCAAGGAUCGCGAUUGCAUGCAAAUAUACAGCUUGAGAAGGAAGAGUUAGAUGUGGAAAAAGGAAUUUCCGAGAUUAUAAAAGUUCAGAUGAAAAAUAUCCAAGACAAGCUUCUUCAUUUUGAAGAUUUAGAUCUUCUGAUGGAAAAAGAAAGCCAGCAGCUGGAGCAAAUUAAAAGCAUGUUUUUUCUUGAUCAGCUUACUCUUUUAUUUCAUAAAUCAUCGGCACCAAAAUCCGGAGAAUGCCCAGAAGGCAAUUAUGUAAAGAUGAACUGUGACUGAAAAGUCUUAAUUAGCUACUGAUAUUUAGGCUUAGCGAAUGUAUUCAAUUUUCCAUUUCAAUUAACAUGCCCUCCAUUUGCUUUUGCUGUUGGACUGUUUGUUCAAUAUUUAUACAACUCUUGAUGUAGAGCGUCUUUUUAA